UUAAUAAUAAAAUUUAGAUUAUUCUAACAUGACUUUAAAACUAAAUUAGUAAAAAGCAUAUUAAUAAUUACAUUUAACAUCAUUUUAACACUAGAAUGAUACUAAAUCCUUAGUAAUAAGUUUGGGUAUGUUUUACACCAUGCUUAAGUUAACCUAACUUUUGUCAAAUCAAAUGUUAGUUGUUAGAAUUGUUACCCUUGUGAAUAGUAGUAAAGAUUUUAUACAGUCAUAAUUAUGAAUAUGAAUGUAGAAGACUUAAUUGAUAUUAACCAAGAAGUAGUCGAGGUUGAGGAACCCCAAUUGGGGCAAAUUCCCAGAAAUCCAAAAGUAUAUGUAAGAAGAAUAAAUCCUUUUGAAGAAUAUGAUGAUUCGAAAUUUAAACAAAUUUACAGAAUAAGCAAAAAUCUAGCUGAAAAUAUCAUCAAUAUGGUUCAUCAACAAAUUUCUGUAAGCAAUAGAGGAGGAGGAAUUAGUCCAGGACUUCAGGUCUUAACUACAAUAAGAUACCUUGCUAAAGGAGCAUAUGAGCAAGACAUAGGUGAUAUACAUGGUAUUUCUCAGUCAUCCAUGAGCAAUAUUAUAACUAGAGUAGUAAGAGCAAUAGCAGCAUAUAGGGAACAGUAUAUAUCUUUUCCUGAAGGACCGGAAGUUGAUGUUGUAAAAGAAGAUUUUUUUCACAUUGGCAAUUGUCCAUCUAUAGUGGGUGCGAUCGACUGUACCCACAUUAAAAUUAAAUGUCCCGGAGGAGAUAACCCUUUAUUGUAUAUCAAUAGAAAAGGAUAUUACUCCUUAAAUGUUCAGGUCGUUUGUGAUGCAAAGUGUAAGAUACGAGACAUUGUUGCAAGAUGGAGGGGUUCAUCUCAUGACUCAAGAAUUUGGAGCCAAUGUUCAUUACGAAGAAAAUUUGAGAAUGGGGAAAUAAAUGGUAUUUUGCUUGGUGAUAAUGGAUACACAUGUACAAGAUAUUUACUGACUCCUCUCUUAAAUCCAGUCACUGAUGCAGAGGAGGCAUAUAACAGAAGUCACAUUCGCACUAGAAACGUGAUCGAGAGAUUGUUUGGCCAAUGGAAAAACAAAUUUCGUUGUUUUUUUAAUGGCAUGCAAGUAAGUCUUGAUACUGCAAAGGCAGCGAUUAUAGCAUUAGCUAUAAUUCACAACAUGUGUAUUGAUGAUAAUCAAGAAAAUUCAGAUGUAGAUUCUGAAGAUGAAGAUUUACUAAAUCCAAGACAGAAUGAGGAAGGAAACCUCUUAGGGGCCGCUUUUCGACAGCAGUAUAUACAGAGAUAUUUUAGAAACCACCAAAGAUAAUUUUUUCUCAUAUGAUAAGUUGUACGAAUUUAA